UUCACCAAUGACCAGAAAUUAUUAUUUUGUGGUUGCUGUGCCCAGGAUGGCCACCGACCACCACACCACACCAGCCCUUCUCUGCCAGCAAGCAGCAGGUCUAGCAGAGCACAGCCCCAGCAAGCUCCCUUACCAGCUGUGUCAGGGAAUUACCUUCCACACACUCCAGGAACUCCCUAGUUCCUGCUCUCCGCCGUGAUGAGCUGCCAGCAGAUAUCUGGAAAGCUUUGCAUUACCUGCAGUCCAGCCCCAAGCUCUGGCACCUUUAGUCACCCUCUGAAGGCAUCAGCUUCUCUGGGGACAGUACCAAGGUGCACGUUCAGGCACAUGUGUAAGGCUGUGUGAUAGUUUCCUCUCUGUAAAACUAUCAAACAUUCACAUGUAAUUCCCAGAUAAAAGCCACAGUGAGUUUGAGCUAAUUAAAUUAUACUAUGAAUAAAUUAGAGUGUGAAUAAUUCAUUUAAGAGGCAAGGAGUUCAGUCUUUCUGCAUAUUUUGUAAUGUUACUCAGCGGAACAGCCACAUCCCAGGUAAAAUUGGCCACCAAAGCCCUGAUAUGAGAUGCAUGAGACAGGGCAUAAACACUUAUUCCUUUGCUUAGUUAUUGAGAGUAAAGUUGUCGGCUUCCUGGUGGGGAGUGGUUCAGGCCAACAUGGGUACUGAUUAGCAUGUACAGUAAACAAAAUUAAGAAACCACAGGCUUCACUUGCUUGGGAAAACCACUGUAUGUUAAAAUCCUAAGAGAAAGGCUUUUCUGAGCAUUUGUGUAAUGUAUUGUUGGGAGUCAUGUGUGCCUAAAAGAAUAUGUGUGUUUUGUGGACAGCUGACCUGCCCAGGAGAACACAAAAUGCAAAUCUGAUGUAAAAUGUCAAAGAGCAAACAGUGUGAGUUAAGGCUCACAGCACACAUCUUCAGGCUGUGCUGCUGUGAAAACAGAGUGCAGCAUCUGAGCUGAUGCCAGUGAGUGCUCAAAAGAUGCAGAUAAAUCCUACAACUUCAAAUAAAUGCCAGUUUCCUCAUAUCUUUCUGAUGAUACAAGCUGCUUUAUGGUUCUGGUUUGAGCUGUGUGCCAGCAGGGAUGAUCAGGUUACACUCAUUUAGUUUGUAUUACCUAGGAGAUAAGCAGUUCCCAUUUUCCAGGCAUAAAAUAGUAACUCCCUUUCUCAGAAAUGAGCUGUUGAUUGUUAAUUCCACUAGAGAGCUGGGAUCCAGCUGUAAUCAUUCACUGGGACACAGGACCUGAAGAUUACUGUGGCACUCUCACCGUUGAACAAGAACCAAAGUCACUGCAAGCAUUUCCAUCUUUCCUUGAUGAGAAAAAUGAGCUGGGCAUUCCUACGUGAUCUGCUGAGUGGAGUGAAUAAAUACUCAACAGGAAUUGGAAGAAUUUGGGUAGCUGUUGUGUUCCUGUUCCGCUUACUGGUUUAUGUUGCUGCUGCAGAAAACAUCUGGAAACAUGAACAUGAUGAAUUUGAGUGCAAUAUCAAGCAGCCUGGUUGUGAAAAUGUCUGCUUUGACCAUUUUUUCCCUGUCUCUCACAUCAGAUUUUGGGCUUUGCAAUUAAUCAUGGUCUCCACCCCUUCACUCUUGGUUGUCUUUCAUGUUGCUUACAGAGAGAACAGAGAGAAACACCACAACCAGAAACUUUACAAAAAUCGAGGAAAGAUAGAUGGUGGAUUGCUGUGCACUUACCUAAUCAGCCUCAUUUUAAAAACAGGACUUGAAAUAUUUUUUCUUGUUCUGUUCUAUAAAUUGUACAAUGGAUUCAAAAUACCACGUCUUGUGAAAUGUGACAUAAAACCAUGUCCCAAUACUGUAGACUGUUAUAUUUCCAAACCCACAGAGAAGAUGAUUUUCCUCUAUUUUCUGGUGGCAACUUCAUGCCUGUGCAUUGUAUUAAAUCUAAGUGAACUGAGUUAUCUGAUGUUCAAAUACUCCAUAAAAUGUUAUCUGAAGAGACACGCGAAGAACCAGCAAGGCUCAAAAAGCAAUUGCUGUGAAUCAGAACUCAUCAGGCACAACAGAGCAGCAGCUGCAGGACGACUCCACAACAGCUCAUCAUCUUUGCCUCUGAAUAUGCAAGAUGAGCAUGAAAAACAUUCCCCGCUGACUUGAAAGAAGGCUGGAGACCACCCUCCCAUUACACAAGCUGUUUUUGACAAAUUGCUUUUCCAAUCAGUGCUUUGCAGAACUAUCCCUUGAAAGGAUAGUUACAUAGGAAAUGCUGUUUCUCUGUUAGUUCCCCAUUACUUGAGCUGAUAAAUUCAGUUACAUUAUGUAUGUCGUACAUAGAAUCAUUGAGACCUUUUCAUGUUGAAAAAAAAAUGUAGAAGUUCUGAGAAUUCCAUGAAGCUUUAAUAUAAACAGAGAUGCUUAUGAUAAAUCAUGCUGAAACAAUUGCUCAAACAGUUGUGUACUGAAUAUUACACAGAAUUGCUUUGGUACAAGAAAAAAUGGGCUUUUUAUAUGCAGAGAUAGGAAGAACCUGGGACUUAUUAAGAUGAACAGCAAGGGGUGUACAAGAUUUAUCAGGUGGGUGGAUCAGACCUGGUAACUGCUGGAAUGGCAAUAGGAAAGUGCUGGCAUAGUGAUUGCUGUGCCUUGAAGUAAGCUGGAUAGUCACUAGUCCAUUCCAUUGUACUAUGAAACAUCUCAAAAAAGGAAGAACCAAGAAGAGGUAGACACAUCUAGUUUAGCCCAUGUGAUAAAGACAGAUUUGGUUAUUUAGCUGUUUGUGGAGCACUUCCUUCUGGAAUUGAGCCUUUAUAGCUAUUAGGGUAUUAAUAAUCAAAAAACAUCCUUUAAGAAAGGCACUUGCUCAAACUCGUGCAAGCAGCAUGUGCCAGGGUUAACUCCUGGUUACCUGCACCAAGCAGCUCCCAUUUCAUUAGAUUUGUCUUCUGCUCUGCAGUAGUGACAUUUAAGUGAACAGAUCAUUCCUACCUGGGAUCUGAAUAGAGAAAUGCAGACCACACAGUACAGCACAACAGCAGCCAGUAGCCCCUAGUAUUAAUUAGCCUAGAAUCUGAUCCCUUUAUUAAGGCUGAAAAUAUGCUACUCCUUCAGUAGAUUUCUCUGCUGCAGAAGAACACAUGAAAUCUAAAAAUGUGAAGAGCCCCAGUUGAAACAAAGUAAAAAAGAAUCACCUGUUCCCUCCCCCAAAUUCCAAAGAAUCUCAUAAACACCACACACCACUGCUCUUUGUCAUCUGUGUUGUUUGGGCUAACAGGAAAGGGACAGAAAUCAGCUAAGACAUGUCUUCUGUUGAACCUAGGCUUCUAAGACAAUGGAAAGUAUCACCUUAAAAACUUCCUUCAGGGUAGUGUUCUUUCUGUUGCUGGCAUGAAAGACCUAUGGACAUACAUCUAGUACUGAGCAUGAUCAAAAUGCAGUUUAGAGAAAAACACCAACUGAAGUGGAGCUGCCUGAAUGCUGAACUAAUUUUAUUGUUUGUGCCAAGAUAAGGAGGAAGAAACCGUGGCAAAAGCAGGCUAACUAUUUUUUUUUCUCUGAGGCCCCCUCUGGCCCCAUGGUUACAAAGCAUUACAUUUAAUGAGUAGCAGUUACAAAGCAAAAUUCAGCAACUAAUGAACAAGCUAUGCACUUUUGAUGGUGAUUUCCAAGGUAGGGUUUGUUCUUUGUUUGGGUUUUUUAUUUCUUCCCCUAAAAUAAACCUACUUUUGUAAAAUAUGGGAAGACAUUUGCUGCUGCUGAAAUUAGCAGCAACAGCAGUCCCUCAGAUACCAGCUUGUGGCAAGCUUUAAGUUAGUUUUAAAUCUUGAUUGGUGCUGAAUCAGUCCUAUAUAGAGACAGGCUGCUUUAUACAAUUCAGAACAUUUUCUUUUAAACCUCUACAUACACAGAAAAUGCAGUUAGGAAGUCUUUUGCAGCUCCUGGACAAAACUCACCAAAGAAUGUCUGAAGCAAAACCGCCCAUGAACCCUGUGAAACUGCAAGUGCCGCAGCCUAAGUAACUGAGAACAAACCCCAAAAUUAUCUUGGCCCAUCUGGACCCCCAUGCACCAUUUUAUUAAGACAAGGGCAAUGCUAUAAAUUAAAAAAAAUGUUUCUGAAAUAUCUGGGUUUUAAUAACUGCGGACAGAUUUUUAAGAGCACAUUAAUGAAAAAAAUAUUUAUUCAUUGUUUUAAGGUAAGGUUUAUUUGAUAGAAAAUGAAGAGAAGCAAACACAGUUUAGCCAACACAGGUUUCUGAUAAAAUUAGUGCAUUAGCAGCUCUCUAAUAAAAAAGUAUAUUAAGUCAGGGCUUGAAGGGGUUUAGAGACCACCUAAAGCUCUGUGGUUAGAGAUUACCACUUAGACCAAAAAUUUUCCCAUCAAACAAGAACUCUAAUUCUUUGGAAUGGAUAUUCAAGGUUUUAUUUUUAGUUCUCUCUUCCAACAGCCAAGAAAUUAUAAAUAAAUUCCAAAAUCAACAUUUCGAGUCUUGGAGGAUACUUCAGAUUUGAUAAAGCCAGUACCUUACAUGAGAAAUAUUUAGAAAAAUUAUUAUGGACCAACUCCACACAACCCGCCUCACUCACAGCAAAUUGCCAAGUAGCCUUCACAUUAUCUGCUGCAAAAUUUGAGUGCUUGACAUGGCUACAAAUGAAAAGGAAAUGAGCAUCACUUAACCUGAGAGAACAGAAACCAAUUCAUCUGCUUUCUGAACUCUUGCUCUUGGCAACCAUUUGAUUUUACUGGCUCCUUCCCUUUUCCCACUUUUAUAUGCCUUUGUUCUCCAGUUUAAGUUUUGCUCAUCCAUGCACCCCUGAAGGCAUUUGCUGUUACAUUUUUGGUUCAAAUGAGUUUACAGGUUUGGUCCCUAAACUUCUGAAUCACUCAGACUAACAUUCUAAAAAACUGAACUCAAGUGCUAUGUUCCACAAGGAUAUAAGCAAUUGAUAGGAAGCUGAUCUGAGCCCAUACUGUAAUGGAGAAAUAACAUAAUCACUGCAUGCGCAUUCAUACAAAAAUAUUUACCUCGUUAGUAUUUCAAAACAUCCCUGCAAACAUCAAAAGAUCCAUGUCUUACAUAGACUCUCAUUUUCCUUAAAAUCCAAGUAAGCUUCUUGCCUUGGGACAGAAA